GCCUCGACUGUAAUAUUAGUUUAAGAACAGGGGCAAAAUAGGAAAUAAAAAUAUAAUGCCCACCCUAACGAGAUAUAUUUAUACCAGGGUAUAGUGCUAAGUUUCGUCUCCCGCUGCUGCUCGGCCGCACUCAACAGCCUCCCGCUAGGGUUUCUCAUUUCUCUUGUAGAGGUGUGAAAAGCAGAGAGGCUUCAUCAUGAGCAAGCUGCAAAGUGAUGCAGUGAGAGAAGCUAUCUCCCAGAUCUCCGGAGAUGUGAAGGAGAAAAAGCGCAACUUUACUGAAACUAUUGAGCUCCAGAUUGGAUUGAAAAAUUAUGAUCCUCAGAAGGACAAGCGUUUCAGUGGCUCAGUCAAGCUGCCACAUAUCCCUCGCCCCAAGAUGAGGGUCUGCAUGCUUGGUGAUGCUCAGCAUGUGGAAGAGGCUGAAAAGAUUGGGUUGGAUUACAUGGAUGUAGAAGGUCUGAAGAAGCUCAAUAAAAACAAGAAGCUUGUUAAGAAGCUUGCUAAGAAGUAUCAUGCUUUUCUUGCUUCUGAAUCUGUCAUCAAGCAGAUACCUCGGCUUUUGGGUCCUGGUCUCAACAAGGCAGGGAAGUUUCCCACACUGGUAACUCACCAGGAAUCCCUGGAGUCGAAAGUUAAUGAAACUAAAGCCAUGGUGAAGUUUCAACUCAAGAAGGUUCUUUGUAUGGGUGUUGCUGUGGGGAACUGCAGCAUGGAGGAGAAGCAAAUUUUUCAGAACGUGCAACUAAGUGUGAAUUUCCUUGUUUCAUUGUUGAAGAAAAAUUGGCAGAAUGUGAGGUGCUUGUACCUGAAGAGUACAAUGGGGAAGCCAUAUCGCAUCUUCUAAGCUCGUUUGUCUACAAUCGCCCCGUAGCGAGAUGUGUAGCAUGAGAAAGGCUCCUUAAAUUGUAUUUUUUUCCCAUAAGUCUCGAAUAUCUGUUUUGUUUACUUUUAAAAUUUUUGGAUUGUUCGUUUCAGUUUUGAACAAUGACCCUAAAUAUUUAACAUUAUGUGAUUGGUGAGUUUGGAUGUUUCA